CGGGGCACUUUGCGUGGUAAUAGCUGGUCGGCAAUAGUACUAUGAUUUGGUAUGUGGCCACUCUGAUAGCAAGUGUAUUCAGCACCAGAGGAACGGCCGCUCAAGGUGCCCACGGAGUGAGAGAGGAGCCCCGGUUUGUGACGGCACGCGCUGGAGAGAGCGUGAUCCUGGGGUGUGACGUGUCCCCUCCCCUGGACGGCCAGCAGCCCCCCUAUGUGGUGGAGUGGUUCAAGUUUGGAGUGCCUAUUCCCUUCUUCAUCAACUUCCGCUUCUACCCUCCUCAUGUGGAUCCAGAGUACACUGGUAGAGCCUCUCUGCAUGGGAAGGCCUCCCUGCAGAUUGACCCAGUGCGCUCCGAGGACCAGGGCUGGUAUGAGUGCAGGGUCCUGAUGCUGGAGCAACAGUACGACACCUUCCACAACGGCAGCUGGGUGCACCUCACAGUCAAUGCCCCACCUUCAUUUACAGCGACGCCGCCGCAAUAUGUGGAGGCGAAGGAAGGGGGAAGCACCCUGCUCAGCUGCUCUGCCCAGGGAAAUCCAAAACCAAUGAUCAGCUGGCUGAGGGAGGGAGAGGAGCUCGCAACCAACGCAAAAUAUUCAGUACAUGAUGGCAGCCUCACCAUACUUGGCAUCACUAGAGAUGACAGAGGGGCGUACACGUGCCGAGCCUACAGUGACCAGGGAGAGGUGCUCCACACUACCCGUCUGCUGGUUCAAGGACCACCAUUCAUCGUGUCACCACCAGAAAACGUCACUGUAAACAUAUCCCAGAAUGCACUCUUCACCUGCCAAGCGGAGGCGUAUCCUGGCAACCUGACGUACACCUGGUUUUGGGAAGAGGACAACGUCUACUUCAAGAAUGAUCUGAAGCUCAGAGUGCGCAUUCUCAUCGACGGCACCCUUAUCAUCUUCCGGGUCAAGCCGGAGGAUGCUGGGAAAUACACCUGCAGUCCGAGCAACAGCCUCGGCAUCUCGCCCUCAGCAUCGGCCUACCUGACUGUUCAGUACCCUGCCCGAGUGAUCAACAUGCCCCCGGUCAUCUACGUCCCACGGAAACUGCCAGGCAUCAUCCGCUGCCCGGUGGACGCCAACCCACCUGUGACAUCAGUAAAGUGGGAGAAAGACGGCUAUCCUCUCCGAGUGGAGAAGUACCCCGGUUGGAGCCUGAUGCCAGAUGGAAGUAUCCGGGUGGCAGAGGCCACAGAAGACUCCCUGGGCACCUACACCUGUGUGCCUUACAACGCCCUGGGUACCAUGGGCAUGUCCCCCCCUGCCACUUUGGUGCUAAAGGAUCCCCCUUACUUUAAUGUGAGGCCUGGGGGGGAGUACCGUCAGGAGGCUGGGAGAGAGCUAGUAAUCCCCUGUGCUGCCUCUGGAGACCCUGAUAUACCAACCAUCACCUGGAGAAAGGUGGGGAAGCCAAGCAGGAGUAAGCACAACAUCCUACCCAGUGGCAGCUUACAGUUUCUGUCCCUCAGCAAGGAAGACCACGGAGAAUGGGAAUGUGUAGCCACCAAUGUGGUCACAAGCAUCACUGCCAGCACGCGUAUCCUAGUCAUCGGCACCAGCCCACACGCUCCUGGCAAUAUCCAUGUAUUGCCCUCAACAACCUCUGCUAAUGUGUCCUGGGAGCCAGGUUACGAUGGCGGCUUCGAACAGACCUUCUCUGUGUGGUCAAAGAGAAUAGACUUUGGUUCUCACGACUGGCAUUCGAUGCCAGUUUCUGGUGCUCAGACCUGGUUAGUGGUGCCAGGGCUGGAGCCUGGGACAGAGUACCAGUUCAGUGUGUUGGCACAAAACAAACUGGGCACGGGCCCAUUCAGCGAAGUUGUGACAGUCAACACUGCAGGCUCUCCUCUGGGUACCCCAGAACCACUGGUGCUUCUUACUCCACCACGGUGCCUCACAGCCAAUCGCACGCAGCACGGUGUCCUCCUCACAUGGCUCCCUCCAGCCAACCACUCCUCACCCAUCGACCGAUACAUCAUGGAGUUCCGCCUCGGGGAGAGGUGGGAGGUUCUGGAUGACCUGAUCCCAUCCACUGAGACUGAGCUCAUAGCGAGAGACCUUGUUCAGGAGUCCUGGUAUGAGUUUCGAGUGAUGGCUGUCAUGGAUGACCUGAUCAGUGAGAGCAGCAAUGCCGUGGGAGUAUCUAGCACGGAUCCCUUCACUCCUGCGGAGUUGCCUGAUGAGGGGCUGGCGCGGCCUGUGGUGGCGGGUGUCGUGGCAACUAUCUGUUUUCUGGCAGCGGCAGUACUGUUCAGCACUCUAGCAGCUUGCUUUGUCAAUAAGCAACACCGUCGCAAACUCAAGCGUAAACCAGAUCCUCCCUUGUCGGUGACACACUUCAGGAAAAGCAUUGAGUCACCGUUAUCAUCGGGGAAGAUAAGUCCAGAGAGCUCCCCUCCGUCUCGGCCACGCUCUCUUUCUUCAGAGAGUUCCCACGGUCCAGGCCUGUAUGUCAGGAAGCUGCCCAGCCCUCAGAGAGAAAAAGAAAAAGAGCUCUCCUUCUACAAGAAAACCAAGCGUGCCAUAGCCAGCAAGAAAUACAGUGUGUCCAAGCAUGAAGCAGAGGUCACCACACCUAUUGAGCUGAUAAGCCGCGGCCCCGAUGGCCGCUUCGUCAUGGAGAGCAGCCCACCGCCCCGCCGCAUCCAGGGCUUCCCCUUCGCAGAGGAGUCUGACAUGUACCCUGAGUUCCGGCAGUCUGAUGAGGAGAAUGAUUUUGACCCCGGGCCUCUGCCGCCCAUCAUGCCCACGCUGCGGCCACAGCUCUCCCCAACGUCCUCCAGCCUGGAGUCAACGCAGCCCCCCACCUACAGCCCCCGCCUCCACAGGCCCAUGGAAGGUAUGAGUUUUGCAGAGGGCAGUGCACUUCACGCCUCAGGGCAGGCCCCAGCCUCCCGCUACAGGGGCUUUCCCCAGGGCCCAUUCUAUGGGUAUCUAGGCAGCCGCGCUGAAUCAGGGAUCCCACCACCAUUCUACAUGCCUGACAUCAGCCCACGUAGCUCCGCUCUGUCCUCCCCCCCAGGCAACGCCGAGGGGCCAUUUGGUUACCCCUCCAUCCCCGAGGAGAGUGGAGAGAUGGAGCACCAUCAGUACACUGCCUCUGGCCAUUCUCUGUCUCACACACACAGCCCUCCUCCUCGCUCACCUGAAAGCUGGCAGCCUCAUGAGCUACCCUUCCUGGGUCUAGAGGGGCCACGGUUCAUAUACCCACCUCACCAUCCCUUACAUCAUCCCCAGGACCUCCCUGACCCACCCCCAUACCCUCCUCACUCUCUCCCCCCCAGUCGUCUGCACCUUCCCUCCCUAAAGGAUCCAACAAGCCCUGGACUCCUGCAGCUGGAGGUCCCUGUGGCUCCCCCAGGCAGAGACAGGCCCCUGGGGCCUCCGGUUAGGCGUUUAGCUAUGCAACAGGCCCAAAGUCUCGGCCAGCUCAGACACACCGCCCACGGUGUGGGUGUACCAGUGUUGCCUUACCCUGACCCGGCAGCCCGUGCAGGGAGCCCAAGCACAGCCCCCAGCAGUAGUCCUCAGUCCUGGCUCAGCCCAAGGGCGGGGCGCCGGGCAGACCCCAGCCUACCCCCGCUAGUACUCCAGCCCUCCCGCCUCUCUCCACUCUCCCAAAGCCCCCUAAGCACCCAGCCAGGUUCUCCAGAUAUUCUAGUGCGGCCCCCUCCGCGCCCCAGCAUCCUCCGCACCUCUCGGUCUCUGGAGAUGCCUGAGAUAACCCUGCAGCCCUCGGCCACUGUCAGUUUCUCCCGGAGGUCCUCCCUGACCGCCUCUCCCACUCAGAGCCAGGGCACCACGCAACCCAGCCCCAGUUACCACGCCCACAUGUCCUAUGCGUCCACUGCAGCCAGUUACCCCUCCCAGUCCCCCUCUCCCCCCCCGGAGGGCAGGGAUGUUUUCGGGCAGAGGCCAUCCCAGAGAAGGACAGAGGAGGAGAUGCUACCCUCAGAGCCCUCUCAGCUCCAGAUAUCAGCCUCAGGGGAACCUCUAGGUGCGUCUAGUGAUCCUGCCGGGUCUGAGAGCUUACCAGCACUGCUACACCACUGUAUUACUAAAGCCAAGGGAAUGGCUGCCAACAACAACAACAACACAACCUCCGGACGGAGAACAGGCGUGUCUCCCUCUCAGACCCAGCAGCAAUCUCAGACACCCCAAGAGAGAGAGGAUCUCAACUUCCACAGAAAGAGGAAAAGGCAAAACAAGAAGAACCCCUAUCUGUAUCUGACCUCCUUCCUGCACCGCAGGCAGUCUGAGGAGGACCAGACGGGCAUUCUGGCCAGUGCAGACUCUGAGGGCCCAAAUUAUGGGACUCUACGCUGACCCGUGUGCCCACCAAG